AUGGAAGAAUUAAUUUGGAAAAAUAGUAAUAUAUUUUAUAAUAUUUUGUGUUUUUUAAUAACGGAAAACGAGAAAUUAUUUGAUAGGAGUGAUGCUAAGUUAUACUGGACAACUGUGUACCAUUUAUUUGGGGUGUUCCAUAAUGUUUAUAUAACUAUUUUUGCCGCUGGUUUGGACAUUAGGAGCAGCCCUAUUAUCGAUAUAGAUAAUCUAUACAGAUUUAAGGCUGGAUAUUUAACUGGAUGGAAUUUUCUGUUCCAAACGAUAUUCCUGACUGUAUCGCUGGUGUACGAUCUGAUGGAGUGGCUGGACAGACACGACUCCAGGCUGGGCAGGAAGCUGCGGUUCACCAGGGAUGUGAUGUUCUCUGGUCUUGUGGUGCCUUUGACGCUGUUCAUAUCAUCAAUGUUCUGGACGCUGUUCUGGAUCGACCGGGAGCUGGUCUUCCCCCAAGUCUACGACCAGCUCGUCCCAUGGUGGUUCAACCACUGUGUCCAUACGAACAUAGCUAUCGUAGUGCUCAUUGAGACCGUGCUGCAGGCCAGGAGACACCCUACUCAUUACAAGCUGGAGUUGUGGCUGACAGGUGGCGCCGGAGUGCUGUAUGCUAUCGUGUACUACUCAAUAUAUUUCUGCACCCACCGUUGGCUAUACGGAGUCUUCGGCAUCAUGACCUGGUGGCAGGUCUGUCUCUACCAACUCCUGAUCUGGUCAUCCACCUUCCUCUUCUACUACAUCCAGUUCCCCAUCAACAGAAUAUUCCAUCGAGAAGAGUCCACUACAGAGAAGAAUGUGACUCAAGAGCCAAGGAAUGGCGUGCCAAACAAUGGUUUUGAAGAACCGUCGUCUGGCGUGCCAGAGUCUUGGCUGAAACAACGACCGAAAAGCCAGAUCGAAAAUUCUAGCUUUUGA